GUGGCACGCUGUAUAGUGGAAGUCUUCCAGUGCGUAGAAAUAGCAGGAAUGGCAUGAGCAGAAAAAUGUGAUCGGUAUUAGAUAAACUAAACUAAUGAUUUUUAAUGAGUCACUGAACCACAAAUAAAAUGGAAGACGACCUGGUGUCAGAAGAUGAUAUCCUUCUCCGAUCAGAGAAGGAGUUCCAUGACGCUGCUAAGAGGAAUGACACCGAAAAAAUGCAGGAACUACUGAAGAAAGGAGUGGACAUCAAAGCCAAAAACAAAAUAGACCGUAAAGCUCUACAUUGGGCAGCUGGUGCAGGAAAUGAGCAGGCUCUGCGCCUGUUACUGGACCAUGACACAGAGGUGGACGAGGAGGACAGUUUUGGCAUGAACGCUCUGUUGCUGGCAGCCUGGUUUGGUCAUCUCAAGGUCCUGCAGAUCUUGGUGGCCAGUGGAGCCAAGCUCAACUGUGAAAACAAGAAUGGUCUUAGCAUGUUACACUGUGCUGCUCAGCGAGGUCACAUCUCAUUACUGGAGUUCAUCAUGGAGGACCUGGAGGACGUGAGGAUUGACAGAGUGGACAAGUCUGGUAAGACAGCGUUUCACCUGGCAGCCGAGCAUGGCCAGCUGGAGGCGGUGGGCUUCCUCAUAGGGAUGGGUUGUACACACAGCCUCAGGGACAAGGUUACUAUAGGGGACAUUAUAUCAUGGUUAUCUGUUAUCGUUCAUGUGAAACAGAAAGAGAAUACUGCCAUGCAUCUAUCAGCCAUGCACGGACACACAGAGGUGCUGCAGAAGAUCAUGGAGAUUGGAGUGGAUAUUGACGAGAGAAACAUAGAUGGACUGACAGCUUUGCACGUAUCUGCUGAUGGAGGUCAUUAUGAAUGUGUUCAACUACUGCUGGAGUCCAGCUGCAAUGUCAACUCACUGACAAACAAGAACAUGAACGCUCUCCACUAUGUGGCUCAGCACGGCCAUGACAGGGAGGCCAGAAUGCUGCUGGAGGCUGGAGUCAACACAAACACCGUAGACAAUCAACACAUAUCACCUAUGCACCUAGCUGUGCUCAACAAUCACACAGAGAUUGUUCAACUACUGAUAGAUGCAGAAUGUGACCUGGACAUCGUGGACAAUAGGCAGCAGACAGCCCUGCACAUUGCAGCAGAACACGGGCGCCAGGACAUUGCUGAGAUGAUCCUUAUAGUUGGGGUCAACCUUAACCUCAGGGACAAGCAAGGGAAGACGUGUCUGGAGGUGGCAGCACGUGGAGGUCAUGUUGUCCUGGUGGACAUGAUCAUCAAAGCAGACCACUUUUACAAAUGGGAGAAAGAGAACGUUAGCAGCGGUGACUCCUGGGAGGGGAAGCAGCUGAGCUUCAGGCAGGACCACCAGCAGGAGACGCAGCACCUCCGCUCUGUCAUGUGGAGGCUGGCCACAAAGCACCUGACCUACGGGGAGUGGAAGAUCCUGGCCCAGUACUGGGGCUUCACCGACGCACACAUACGUGCCAUAGAACAGCAGUGGACAGGUACAAAGAGCUUUAAGGAGCAUGGCCAUCGAAUGCUGUUGAUCUGGUUGCAUGGAGUGAUGAUUGCCGGGGAGAAUCCAAUCAAAGGCCUGUAUGAGGGGCUGGUCGGCAUCUCCAGGACAGACCUAGCAGGCAACAUCAGACAGAAGGCGAAUGCAGACACCAGCUCCCCCAAAAAAUGCUCUGCUAUGUGACUCCAGUGGUGUGUUGCUGACUGCAGAAAUAGGUGUACUGUAAUAGAGGACAUACUAAAGUAUAAUUAGUGGUGGGUCCAGUAAAGAGAAGUGGGUAUACUCCACAUACCUUGGUAUACCCUUGACUAUAUUAGUGUAUGAAGCCCUGCACAUAUGAUUUGAGGAAGUAACACUCUGGGGAAAUCCCAACUAUACUGGGACAAUAUGCUCAUAAAUUAUGUAAUGUCCAAUGUUUACUAAAACACAAACAUAAAAUGCAUGCUAUGUAGUGUGUAAAUGAAAAGUGGCCAUAUGAGGUCUGGAUGAACACUUGAUUUUGUAUAUUCAUAUUUCCAUACACAAGGGCUACUUCCUCGUACACUACGUAGAACAACACUGAUUGAUUGUAUUUUGCCUGUGAGGCAUAUGGAUGUUUUUAUUUUGCAAAUAUUUAUCUCCCAAUAUGAAGAACAUCGGACCUCAUUUAGGAUGAAAUAGUUCUAUUUCAUAGUUAGCGUCACACUCACACAAGUGGUGUGUGUACAGUACACCAUACAGUGGCCCACUCCUCUAUAGGACUUACUAAUGUAAACAGAAUGUGAUAUAUGCCAACUGAUCUUCUAUGCAGCACAAUAGCUUUUCGUGAAAACAUAUGCUGACUUACUAUAAAAUGCAAUAUCUUGUGGUCAGUUUUGAACCAUUUCUAUAAUGUUUUCCACCUCGUUGAUGCUCAACUGAAAUGCACUGGUAUAAUGGCAAUUGAUAGCUCUUUUGUAUGUCGAUUUUCUUUAGCAAUCGACAAUUACAAAUGUAAAGAAUUUAGAAGAAAUGUGUACGUCUUAUUUGUCAAUUUGUAAAAAUAAAAAAAACACAUGGAUUUCUCCUUUUAAGACAUUGAUUUAUGUGCAUGAGACACAGCAUAUCUGUUCAAGACUUUAAUUGAACCGCAAAUUAAAUGUUUACUUGUCACAUUAUACAUAGUACUGUUUUUAAUUCCAUUUCUUAUAACAUCUUAUGAUUGAUGUUACUCAGUAAUCAGUGCUUCAGUUUUCUUACCAACAGUUGGCAUGGUUAACCAUAAACAAACAAGGAAAACAAAGCAUUCAGACAUUUCAAAAGUGCAACAUUUAGUAACAGCAAUAAAAUAACUGUAUAUCACAUAAGGCAAAGGGUUCAUAAUAUGGCAUCAUAUGAAGUUUCUUUCCAACUAAAGCACAACUAUUUGUAUUUACAGUAACAGUGAUUAUUAAAAUAUUGUUU